AUGGCGUCCUCUCUUGCUGCGCAAUUGGCGCAGAUCGCCGCCAACUCAAAGGCAUCUCUGGAUGUUAGGGCGCAAAAGGCUGCCCAUUCCAAGUCUCUCCUCUUCGAGCCGAGAGUGGCCGCGACACAGAGCUACCAGGCGCUCUACACGAUAUGUUUGGACGGCUUCGAGGAACUGUGCGAGCUUGAUGGCCGUUUCAAGCCGUUUGGCCUCACGCUGUUCAGCGAGCAGAGCAUGAGCGAAGACCGCACCCAGAUGACUGCCGCUGAGAAUACCGAGUUGGACAAGAAGGUCGAGUCCUUCCUGCGCCUCGUUGGAAGCAGACUGAGGCUUAUGCCUUCGCUUCGUGCCCUCGAAUGGCUUGUGCGAAGAUUCAGAAUCCACGAGAACAACACCAAAUCUCUCAUCACGACCUUCCUCCCGUACCACUCGAUUCCCGCCUUCGUUACCUUGCUCUCGAUCCUGCCGUCCAAGAUCCCCCACGAGUACCGAUUCUUGAGCCCCUACAUCAAGUCCCUCACUUCGCCUCCGCGAUCUGUCUUGGUCCACGAAGCGAUCCACAAGGCCGGCUUUCUCAACACCCUCUCCGAGUACACCCUCGAGGCCUGCAGGAACCAGCAGCAAUACCCUACCUUGAUCUCUUUCUGGGGCGGAAUCAUGACGGAGGCCGUGAACGGUCUUCUCGAGAACAUGCGCUCGGGUCGCCAGGCUGUUCAGCAGGACAACAACGAAUCAUUCCUGCACCGCGUCGGUCCUACCCUCGCCGAGGCAAUGACCAUGAAGAAGGUCCCCAACAUGCAGAUUGCUUCGUACAUGGCUGUCACCAUUGUUGCGGCCAAGGGAAGCUUCGACGACGCGACUCUAUCGGCAUUCAUGGAGCAGAUUGUUCACGGCUGGACCAGCGAGACUGUGCGCCCCGGCCUGGUUUGCUUGUGCAUCCUCGCGCAGUACCGGUCCGCGAAGCAGCUUUCUGGAAAGGUCACCAAGGCCUUGUUGAAAGUGCAGAACCUUGGAGAGAUCCUCGUUGAGCUGGGCCAGGAAAGGAGGGUUGACAAGCUCACCAACGGACUGUGCAUCGCCUUUAUUGAAAGACUCUGCAAGAAGGGUGAUGCUCGGGGGCUGCCAAUCAUUCGCGUCAUCUUGAUGAGCAAGAUCUUGAAGGGGAAACAAAUUGCCGUCAUCUUCAAAUCUCUGGUCCUCGCUGCUCACAGACUUGACGACGAAGUCGACAAGGACGGCGAAAUCCGCAAGGAGCUUGGCUCGACACUGAUUGACCUGUCGCGCUUCUCUGGAGAAACUAGCGAGAUCAUCCGGACGGUUCUCGAGGAGGUCGAUUUCGAUGUGGAGGAGCUGGAGAUGAAACUCGACGUUUCCAUUCGCCAAAGAAAGGCCCUGCCCGGAAGCCAAGAAGAUACUCAGAUGGACGGAUCCCAACCCGCAGCGCCGACAAAGGAGAACCUGAGAGAGACUAUACAGGAGCUCUCGAGCCAGACCCGUGCGUUGCCGUCGUGCCUCUCUACGAGCACUGGCGACGUUUACGACGAGUUCAGUAGACUCUUCCUCCGGGUCGUGUCUCAGCAGUCUGAAGACCCAACUCUUCUGGCCGAUUUCGACCAGCUGCCGUCUUUGAGUCGACGAACGGCAGUUAGCGACCACACCUACAUCACCUUCUUCGUUCGCAUCUGGUCCGGUCCUUACCCGACUCUGGCUCGCGCCGCCGCUGUUGACACUGUCAGGAGACGUUUGAGCGACGGCGAUGGCAAUGAUCUCGACUUCCAGGCCCUUAUCCCCUACUGCCUCGUUGCCCUUGUGGACUCCUCAAAGAAGGUUCGCCGUGCCGCGGCCGAGCUUCUCAUCCAAAUAGGCCACUUUUUCCCUCACCAGUCCAAGGCCGCCAAGGCUUCUGUCUGGGGUGGCAAGAAGCUUUACGAUGACAGCGACAAGGUGCAGUGGUUGGAUGCCGACACCGUCUCUCGCCUCCUGCACGGCGUCAUUCUCCCGGCUCUGGAGGAGUGCAUCAUGCAUGAGAACCACAUUCGUGCCGUCCUUCACUCUACUCUCGACAGCAGCGCCAAGAGCGAGAGCAGCGAAGGAAAGAAGGCACUGAGCUCUUCGGGCAGAGCGUCGAUUCUCUCGUUCCUUGCUAGCCACGUCGUCGCAACGCCGCUCAUCAGGGUCAAGUCCAACCUGCUCUCGAUUCUCAACCGUAUCAGGGGAGUAUCAUCCACCUCUAGAACAAAGGUCCUGCUGCCGGCUUUUCAAUGGUGGGCGUCGCUGUCUGUCGAGGAAGCGGACCGUCUCGCCGAGGCCGAGGAAGUCGAUCAGUCAUUGUUGCAUACUACAUUUGCCGAGAUUGUCGUGCCGAACGACAACGAAGGCCUCGAAUGCCUCCUCUCUACUAUGAAGGAUUCCGCCUCCGCCAAGCGACCGGAGCUGGUCAGAUCCAUUUCGGCGCGCAUUCGUGCUAUCUGGGGCUCCAUGAAGGCCGACACCAAAUUUGACGUGGCUCAGACGAUGCUGGAGCUCUCUCAGGCACGACAGGCAUCCCAGGAUGAGGAGGACAUCAUCGCUGACGAGGCGGCUGACUUCCUGAGAAAUGUUGAGCUCACGACAGAGAUCUUGGCUUACUUCCUCGAGUCUAUCCAGACCGGCACGAAGCUCAUCACCGAGCCCCCUGCCAACAAGCGACGCCGGACCAGCUCCUCCGAGGCCAAGCGGGAAGUUAGCGCUCAAGCCAGUGCUGAGCUUAGCGCAACCCUGAGAUCCGUCACCUUCGUCCUCCAGCUCGUUGACGGCUCGCAGCCGGCUACUCACCCCGAGUUGCUGGAUAGCCUCUUUGGCACGCUCUCCGAGCUUCAGCACUUCCGUACUGUCAUUGGAUCAGAGCUUGGAUACCUGCAAAACCUGGUGCUUACAAGUUUGAUUGCCAUGGUCCCUGCCUACAGAGACAACAAGAACCUGAAGAUUGACAGCUCAGGAGGCCACGGCGAUUUGCUUGUCAACUGCAUCCAGAAGUCUUCCAGCCCUAUUGUGCAAAACUCGGCCCUUCUCCUGAUCGCCAGCCUUGCCACCGCUGCUCCUGAUCUUGUGCUCCAUAGCGUGAUGCCCAUCUUCACUUUCAUGGGUGCCUCGGUCCUCCGCCAGAACGAUGAUCAUUCUGCUCACGUCGUCAACCAGACUAUCAAGGAGGUCGUACCGCCCCUGAUGGCGUCGCUCAAGAAGGGCAAGAGAAAUCCCAUUGCGGGUGCCACGGAGUUGCUGCAAAGCUUCGUCACUGCCUACGAGCAUAUCCCUGCACAUCGCAAGCAGGGUCUGUUUGUCGCUCUCAUCAACACCCUCGGACCCGAUGAGUUCCUAUUCGCUCUCUUGGCUAUGCUUGUCGAUAGAUACGGUCCCAACGACAGCCUCAUUGCCUUUGCCUCUGAGCUCCUCGGCGUUUACAGUGCUGAGGUGCAGCUUCAGACCUUGGCUAAGCUCCUGGACUUGAUCAGUGACAUCUUCAAGCCCAAGCUAGGUCUGUCGGCCACCCUUUUGGGAGUUGGCGAAGACUUGUCAGAGAAGAAGCCCGAGGCCAUUGCUAUCCAGCAAUUGACCGUAUUCCCCGCUCUGCUCUCCAGCAGAAAGCUGCGGAAGGAGAUCACCAUUCUCACCGAGAGGGACGACAUGGAUUCUUCAAAGAUUCGGGACUUGUAUGCUAUUCUUCUCAGAGACGUCCUGGCCCUUGCGGAGACCGUCAAGCAACAGAAGGCUCUGCACGAGUGCUGCGGCAACGCUCUGGCCAACCUUCUCAACCUCCUCUCCAUCGGCGAGUUCAUCAAGUCGGUCGAGAACCUCCUGGACCGCACCGAGAUCGACCUCCGCCGCAAGGUUCUCCGUGCUCUCGAAGUUCGCGUGGACCAGGAAGGUGUCGCGGAUGUUGCCUCCAGGACGGCACUUCUUGCCUUCCUGCCACAGCUCACCGCCGCAAUCCGGGAUACGGACGACCUCAAGUACAAGCACACUGCAGUUUCAUGCAUCGACAAGAUCGCGGAGAAGUACGGCAAGAAAGACGUCGAGGCUGUCGCGGGUGCCGCCGCGACCAUUGCUGGACCCCACUGCCUCGGCCAGCCCGAUGUUCGCCUCCGUGUCAUGGCUUUGCUCUGCCUUGCCUCUUUGGUUGAUGUUCUUCAAGACGGUAUCCUGCCUAUUGUCAACAUUGCCAUUUCCCAGGCAAUUCUCUACAUCGAGCAGAGCGUGGAGGACGACGAGGCCGCCACCGAACUGCACAAUGCCGCGUUUGCAUUCAUCACUGCGCUCGCGCAGCACUUGCCUUACAUGAUCUCGGAGAAGCACCUGGAAAACAUCUUGCUUGCUUCCAACAAGUCAGCCGAAGCCAAACUGGAUGGCGAAGCCGACGAUGAGCGCACCAACUGUCUCAGAUUCCUUGCCAGAAAGGUUGAGGCCAAGACGAUGUUGGCCAGCCUGCAGAAGAACUGGAUCCCAGCAGCCGAGGCUGGUUUCGAUGCCACCGACGAAUGGGUCGACAUCUUUGGUGUUGUGGUUGACAGCCAGCCAAAGACCGUUGUCACAAAGAACGUCACUGCCUUGUCCACGAUCCUGCUCAACUCUUUGGACCUUCGGAGACGGGAACAGAUCAAGGGCAAGCUCACAAACGCGACAGCUCCGCGUGUGGCCAAGAUCGAGACCUCCAUCAACGACGUCACGCUCAAGAUGAUUUACAAGCUCAACGACGCGGCCUUCAGGCCCAUCUUCACCCAGAUCGUCGAGUGGUCUACGCAGCUGCCCAAGCAAGACGUCACAGGACGUGCUCUGCGUCGCUACAGCGUCUACGGGUUCCUACAGGUCUUCUUCGAGGGCCUCAAGUCCAUCGUCACCAACUACGCUACCUACAUCGUGGACGACGCCGUCGACAUCAUCAACGGCACCGACUUGAAGAUGCCCGAGCAGAAGGCGCUCUGGCAGCGCGUGCUGUCCACGCUGGCGAGGUGCUUCGAGCAUGACCAGGACGACUUCUGGCAGGCGCCCGCCCACUUUAGCAAGGUCGCUCCCGUCUUGACGGCGCAGUUCCUCCACGCCUCCUCAUCCAUCGACCUGACCGCCGAGCUCAUCCCCGCGGUGGUCGAGCUGGCCUCGGCGGCGGAUUCGCAGGAGCACCAAAAGGAGCUCAACACGGCCAUCCUGCGCCACCUCCGCUCCGAGCAGGCGCCCGUCCGUCUGGCGGCCGUCAGGUGCCAGCAGCAGCUUGCCGAGAAGCUCGGCGAGGAGUGGCUGUCGGCUCUGCCCGAGAUGCUCCCUUACAUCAGCGAGCUCCAGGACGACGAUGACGAGACGGUCGAGCGGGAGACGCACCAGUGGAUCGUCAAGAUCGAGGGAGUCCUUGGCGAAAGCUUGGACUCUAUGUUGCAGUAG